AUGAAUCGCGAACUUUACGCACAGAUACACCAGCGAUGUGCUGUGACAGAUGUCAUCCGAACACUCUCCGCAACUGAAACAAUUGAUACGCUAGAGUUUAUUGACCAAUUUGAAUUGGUAAUAUCGAGGAAUCCCCACUACGCCAAACAACUUAUAAAAGCUCUAACCAACAACACAGAGCUGGUCGAAACUGGUGGCAAUGGCACUGAAGUAGAUCUGAGCGAAUGGGUUUAUGAACGUUAUGUCGACCUGUUGCCUUUGAAGGCGCCAGUGCCGACAUUCACAGACAUUAUUAGGUACACGCUGAAUGAUGAGCUAGCGAUUGACGUACAAGAGCAGCCGUACCUUCUUUGCGCGUCUGGUACAACAGGUUUUCGAACUUGGGAAUCUGCUCUUUAUCUCUCAGAGUAUCUAGCUGAAAACUUUCCCGAAUUCUCUGCGGGCAAAUUUUCGAGAGCCCUAGAACUUGGAGCAGGCACAGGGCUUGUCAGUAUUGCGUGGGCUAAAUUGUUCAAAGGCUAUAUUAAGGAGUUGAUCGUUACUGAUGGGGAUUCAUCCUUAGUGGAACAAGCUGCCCGCGUUAACUUUAAGCUAAACGGCAUCGAUACACGCGAGUGUCACGGUGACUGUGCUUAUAAAUUCCAGAGGCUAUGGUGGGGGGAAGAUGCCGUUCCUGAGGUUGAUAUCGUGUUGGCAGCAGACGUCACAUAUGAUUCGUCUGUAAUUCCUAGCCUUACACACUGUCUGAAAACUGCCUUGAGCCAGGGCACUCAGUUUGCCUUAGUUGCAGCUACUGUGCGGAACAAGUGCACCACAAUGGCUUUCGAACGCGACUGUGAGGAUCGCGGCAUGACCUGGGAGAUUAUUAGCUGCAAGAGCGGAAGCCUCGCGCCAAUCUAUAUUUACAAGGUACGUAGAGAUGCAGGCGGAAAAGCCAAGCCGAUAAAUCACUAG